AUGAGGUUGCACAACCACGACCACCUCUCAUCCAAGUCGGAUGAGGAUGCACCCACACCGAAGAGGAGAAGGAAGAAGCGAAAAUCAAAGCUAAGGACCAUGAAGCCGCCAGAGGCGACAUGGGGCAAUGCCACACGCAGCAAUGGGAGCCCUAGAGACGCCUGUGGUGAAGAACUUGGAGCUAUUGCUAGGUAUAGCAAUGGUUGUGGCAAAUCUCUCGCUGGCUAUGGCAAUGUCGACUAUGGAAAAGGUGUUGCUAGCUAUAGCGAUGCCAGCUAUGGAGGCGGAGGUCUUGAUGGAUGUAGCAGUGGUAGCCACACCUACAACACAUCUACUCCCACUGGAGGUGAGAGCAACAAAGGCUUGCCAAGGUGUAAUGUUACCCUAAGUGUAAGAACACGUUCUUCCCCACACCCCAAGCGCUAG